CUGAUGCAAUACUGGAAGAUUCUGAAUGAAGCAUCAGUGACGGAAAACCAGAUCAAGAAAGCUGCUCACGUCGCCCAGAAAAACACGUUUUCUGCCUAAUCUCUGAAUCGUAUUCUAGUCAAUAGGUAACUGAGCAUGCCAGUCGUCAGAGCCCUUAGUAAGGUGGCAAAGCAGGCCCUGCUGGCCCCUGCGUGUGGAUGUCAGCCUCUGACGGUGGCGAUACGCUACAUCAGCUUCUCCCCGCGCCAGGUCACCUCUGGAUCUGAUGCCAGCUUUCAUUCUGUGUCCUUCUCUGAAACCGACCACCCCAAAGUUCUCAUCACGGGUGGCCUCGGGCAACUAGGGGUUGGGCUUGCUAAACUAUUAAGGAAGCGAUUUGGAAAAAACAAUGUGAUCCUCUCAGAUAUCAGGAAACCACCAAGCAAUGUCUUUCACAGUGGCCCCUUUAUCUACUCUGACAUUCUGGACUACAAGAACUUGCGAGAGAUUGUAGUAAAUAACAGGAUCACCUGGUUAGUGCAUUACAGUGCUCUUCUAAGUGCUGUUGGGGAGGCUAAUGUGCCACUGGCACGAGCAGUCAACAUCACAGGACUACACAACAUCCUAGACAUUGCAGCAGAACACGGGCUUCGGCUCUUUGUGCCCAGUACAAUUGGUGCCUUCGGACCAACUUCACCUCGAAAUCCCACUCCUGACCUUUGUGUGCAGAGACCACGCACUAUAUAUGGCGUCUCUAAAGUCCAUGCAGAGCUUAUGGGGGAGUACUACCAUCACCGAUAUGGCCUUGACUUCCGCUGUCUGCGGUACCCUGGCAUCAUCUCUGCAGACUCACAGCCGGGCGGUGGCACGACAGACUACGCCGUGCAGAUUUUCCACGACGCCGUCAAGACCAGCAAUUUUGAGUGCAACUUAAAACCAGACACAAGGCUGCCCAUGAUGUACAUUGAUGACUGUUUGCGGGCCACCCUGGAGGUGAUGGAGGCACCGGCGGAAUCGCUCAGUAUGCGCACCUACAACAUCAAUGCCAUGAGCUUCACUCCAGAGGAACUUGCAAACGAGGUCCAAAAACAGCUGCCUGAUCUUCAGGUCACAUAUGAGAUUGACUCUGUACGACAGGCUAUAGCUGACAGUUGGCCCAUGAACUUUGAUGACAGCAACGCACGCAAUGACUGGGGCUGGAAGCACGACUAUGAUCUGCCAGAGUUGGUCCAGACGAUGCUCAACUUCAUCGGCUCAGACUCCCGCAUUGCCCAGGCCAACUGAGGCUGCUCAUGAACACUGAAAAUCUGUAUAUUUCAUAAAGAUUUAUAGUGACGCAGAAGAGAGAUCAGUGUUCUGUAAAUAGUCAUAUUCCUUUUCUCUUUUGUGUCAUCUAUAUGUAUAAUUGCAAAUUAUACAAAGAGGUCAGGGUGGAAAACCGUCAGAGUUAGUUAUUUUGAAAGCUAAAUGAAAGGAAUGGAUUUAAACCUGACGUGAUCCUCUUGUGCUUCGCAUUUAGUGAAAAAGGAUAAUUAUGUCUCCAGGAAAAAUAAACCAAACAAACAUGAAUGUCCAAAAAUGAACAUGGCAGAUCCUAAAAUGUAGCUUCCCAAAUUUUACUAUCUGAUUUUUUUUUUUUUAAAUAGAAAUAAUUUUACUGUACUUUUUGUAGAAGAACACAAUAUAUGAGAGAAAAGGCUGAUGGCCGAGUUCAGACUAAUAGGAAUGAAAGCUAGGAAUUGUUACAGCAGCUUUAACCCAUUCUAAAAUAAACAGACAAAGAUUCUGGUUUAAACAGGGUGGGACUCGGAUGUAGGUCCUCAGGGAAAGUGAGGGUCGUCAUGAAUGACGUUAUCGUAUCCCUUUUGGUUGCUUUUCCUCUCUUGUGCACUAUUUAUUCAGACUGCUCGCAAAUGAAAUGCAAGAUUUGGUCUUGCUUCACAUGUUUGCUGUAUACUUUAAUAAGGUCAUUUUUUUUUAAUGCAAUUUUUGUCAUAUAUUGCAUUUGCCUGUAAAUGUUUUCCCACAGAGAAUAUAUUAUCCCAUAUGAAAGGGGAGAGUGGGAAGCAAAUUUAAAUUAUUUUUAGUUAAGCUUUGCAUCCACAUCUUUUGUUCUUUUGAUCACAAAACUUGUGUCAAUAAAGCUUUUUUAUCUGUAA